UGCGCGCGAGUGCGCGCUCUGAGGGUCCAGCAACAGCAGCAGCAAGGCUGCAGUCAGCGACCCGUCAAUGGGACAUUCAGGUUAAGGACUUUUGUGGCUGCUUUGCGCGCGAAUUGUAACAUAAAAAAGUUUGUUUAAUUAAAAGCGUAUACUUUCACCUCACUGCGUUUAUUUUGCUUUUCUGAAAUUACACUUAUGAUUGACAAGGAUGGGUAGAGCGCGUGGAAUCGUUUGGGGAGAUAUCGCUGUGGUCCUGCUUGUCCUGUCUGAAGGUUCACUUGGACUUUAUUUCCCUCAAAGCGAGUACUCGGAUAGCAUCUACGUGGGUCAACCACAGGGAUCUCCGGUUCUUCAGGUCCAUUCCAUGCUAGAGACCUCCACAGAGAAGCCCUAUUUCUCCAUUUGCUGGAGAAAUCCUCAGAGACCCUCUCCUUAUGCAUCAUGGUUUUACAUAGAUGAGACUUCUGGAGUCCUUUUCAUGAACAAAACACUGGAGUGGAGUGACUUCAGUAGCUUAUACACAGCCGGACCCUUGAAGAAGCUCACACUGAAGGUUAUGGUCUCUACAAUGCCCGUGAAGAAACCAAUGUGUAAUAUGCAACCCAAAGUAGAGGUCAGCUUAACAUUCAUCAAUGCGACGGCGCCCCCCUGUGCUCAAGUGAAGCUGGAGAAAUUGUGCUUUCCAGACAGGGAUACAAAUCCUCAUAUCAGAGAGAACCGUAUGCCAGGAGCCAUGCGGCAACUCCGUCGCUUCACCCGCAUGAGUCUUUGUCCUAACUAUACUAUCAGUUAUGGAAUAGAAGCAGACUCGCCAGUUCCAUUUGCAGUUGAUGGUUCCACUUCAGAGCUGGUGGUUACGGCACCCGUGGACCGUGAAGAGAAGGAAGUGUACCGUUUUCUUAUUGUGUGUACGAUACAAACAGAGGAGACUGUGCACACGCUUGACAUUCCUCUGCAUGUCAACAUCUAUGAUGAGGAUGAUAAUCCCCCUUACCUAAACGGAACAGACACCGAAGACGUUGUAAUAGAGUUCAAUCGCAGCGAGGGAACUAUCUGUGGAUCUCUAUCUGUUUACGACAGAGACACGACACCCGUCUAUCCCAGCAACCAAAGUCAAAAUAAAUUUGUUGGUACCAUAUUAAACAAUGACCCCUGGAUCAAAAACACAUUCACUAUAGAACCUAAAUUCAGGGAAGAGAAGACCAUCUUUAGUAAUGUGCGUGGGACGGUUCAUGAAUACAAGCUGAAGCUCAUUCAGAAUGUGUCUGUCACAGAGGCUCGUUCAUUUCAGUUGGACUAUCUGGUCAAUGACACUACUUUUCCAGGCCCGGAGGGAACAGUGCUGUUACAUUUUAAUGUUACUAUUCUGCCGGUUCCUAUUCGCUUCACCAAUAUCACUUACUACUUUGGUUUGUCACGGAAAGCCAUGACAUACUCCCAGAUUGGGAAAGUCUGUGUGGACAACUGUAUGAUGUUUAAGGGCAUUGAUGUUGAAUAUCAGUUGGAGAUAGCAGACAAGAACAUCUCUGCUGAUGCUCAGUCAUGCUACUCGGCAGUCAGCAUUGCACAGAGCCAAAAUGAGAUGUCUGGUGUCCUCUAUGUGAACGACACUGAGGCAUUACACAGAACUGAAUGCCAAGAGCUGCAGUUUGUGGUUACGGCUCAGGAACAGCAGAACCAGGUGCAGGCCAGGACUCAGCUCUUUAUCGUCUUUAUCGAGGGUCAAGUUAAUCAUAUGAGGAUGGAUGAGCAGCGGGUUUUGGCUUGUGCAGAAAGGAGACAGAGGGGAGAUUGUGAGUCGUCUCGGGGCCUGGGAGCACCCACAGGCAGAUGCCAGUGGAGACAAGGCAGCGAUAAAGGAAUAUCUGCAAAAUAUUCCACGUGUUCCCCUGACCUACGCACAUGUCCUGACGGUUACUGUGAUGCCAUUGAAAGCAAAGAUAUAUCCAUAUGUCCCCAGGAUUGCACCAGUCAGCCCAUAAUCGGAGGUCACGAGAGGGGCCUGUAUGGAAUUAAAGCUGGAUAUGGGACCUGCUAUUGCUAUGCAGACAAGUGCUUCUGUGAAAAAGAUGAAAUGGAGGGUGAGCUGAAAAAGUUUUGGAUUUGUAGUUUUGUCCUAUCAUAUGAUCUAACUGUGAUUCUGUGUCUGUUUACAGAGGCUAUAUGUGAUGACAUGUGUAAGACCGUCAUCGCAACAGGAGUUCUUCUUUCCUUCGUUCUCUCCAUCCUUCUGUCUUCGUACUUCAUUCACCGUUAUCACAAGAGCACACCCAAGCCGCCCAUUGCCUCGGCUGAGAUGACCUUCCGUCGACCGGCCCAAUCUUACCCAAUCAGUUACUCAGCCAACAAUGUUCGGCGAGCAUCUCUAGACUCCAUGGAGAAUCAAGUAGCCAUUGACACCUUCAAAAUACCUGAAGAUCCAAAGUGGGAAUUCCCUCGGAAGAACUUAGUGCUUGGAAAAACUCUGGGAGAGGGAGAGUUUGGGAAAGUUGUGAAGGCCACGGCAUUCCGUCUUAAGGGAAAAGCUGGAUACACUACUGUUGCUGUAAAAAUGUUAAAAGAAAAUGCCUCUCACAGUGAGCUCAGAGACCUUCUGUCAGAGUUUACAUUGCUCAAGCAGGUUAAUCAUCCUCAUGUAAUAAAAAUGUAUGGAGCUUGCAGUCAGGAUGGUCCAUUACACUUAAUUGUUGAAUAUGCCAAGUAUGGCUCACUGCGCAACUUCCUGAGAGAGAGUCGGAAAGUUGGGCCCAGCUAUAUGGGCAAUGAUGCCAAUCGUAACUCCAGUUAUUUGGAAAACCCAGAUGAGAGAGCUCUAACCAUGGGUGACCUCAUUUCCUUCGCAUGGCAGAUCUCCAGAGGAAUGCAAUACCUGGCUGAAAUGAAGCUUGUACACAGAGAUCUUGCUGCCAGGAAUGUACUCGUGGCAGAAGGCAGAAAGAUGAAAAUAUCCGACUUUGGUUUGUCCCGAGAUGUUUAUGAGGAAGAUUCAUAUGUUAAGAGGAGCAAGGGUCGAAUUCCUGUCAAAUGGAUGGCUAUAGAGUCUUUGUUUGACCACAUCUACACCACACAAAGCGAUGUCUGGUCUUUUGGUGUACUCCUAUGGGAGAUUGUGACUCUGGGUGGAAACCCCUACCCAGGGAUUGCCCCAGAACGACUUUUCAACCUUCUGAAGACAGGCUACAGGAUGGAGAAACCAGAAAACUGCACCGAUGAAAUGUACAAUCUGAUGCUUCGUUGUUGGAAACAAGAGGCAGAUAAGCGUCCAAACUUCUCAGACAUCAGCAAAGAACUUGAGAAGAUGAUGGUGAAAAGCAGAGACUAUCUGGAUCUCGCGGCCUCCACGCCGGCAGAUGCUCUGCUGUAUGACGACUCCCUCUCUGAAGAGGACACACCCUUAGUGGACUGUAGUAACGCCCCUCUCCCUCGAACCCUUCCCUCUACUUGGAUUGAAAACAAGCUCUAUGGCAUGUCAUACCCGAACUGGCCAGAGAAGAGCCCGGUACUACUCAACAGACUCGAUGCCACUAACCCUGUCUUUACAAGAUAUGCCAAUGAUAGUGUUUAUGCAAACUGGAUGGCUUUGCAUUCUCCCGCAAAAAUUGUGGACCCGGUUGAUAGUUAAGAAUGCAAAUGUCAGUGGUGGAAAAGACAUGGGUGAAGAUGUGUAUAUUUAUAUAAUACUGUAUAUAUCUUAUAUGAUGAUAAAGUCGGUUCCCUUUUAUUUCUGCUGUAAAACCUAGUGUUUAGAACAUUGGAGUGGUGGAAUAGAUUUCAAAUAGGCUGGAAUUGCAUAAAACACGCUUCGAGCAGCUUGUAGGUAAUUGUUACCACGAGGCCGAUUGGCCGUGUUGUAUCAUUGCAUGACUAUGUACAGUUUAAUGUUCAUGUUUAAGUGCCUGUGCUGCUUCUGUCGUGGAACAACAGUUAUAAAUGCAAGAUCAAGAAAACCUUGGUCCCAACCAGGAAUUAAAGGGAGCUUCUUUACCAUCACUUACUGUAGAUGUUUGCCAAUAAUUGGACUUGUUUAUUUGAACCCACAACUUUAUUUCUUCUGGAUUAUGUGUCAGGAUACAGCAGAGUCAAUUACUUUAUAUUUUUUUAGGCAUAAAUUAUUCAUUCUGCAGUAACUACAAGAUACUUAAAUAUACUGGCAAAACAGAGUACGGAUGUGUUUAAUUUAAUGUCAUGUUGUGAUUAUGUUUUCAUUCCUUGUAAAGACUUUUAUUUGUGCAACAAUAAUGACAAUACGUACAGCUGUGUGUGAUCCCUCAUUACGUUGUUAAAACAUUAAGUUACAAUCAAUAAAACUGUUAGAUGAUGUCUU